GUUUAUCACCUUCGAAGUGCCCUGAACAACGUUCGGAGAGGCCGCCGCUCGUGGAAGGACGUUUUUCUACAGCUCCGGACGCCUCCGGGUGCCUAACUACUCCGGCUCUUGCCCCUUGACCCUGCUCUCGCGUCAGGGUGAGAGGUCGGGUGGCCAUCUUGUGGCGGCGGCGCCGGCGGCUGUUACUGCGGAGACCCAUCCCAUCCCCCCAACCACCACCCGAGUCGUCUGUCAGUCAGUAGAGAGCCCGGCAGUCUGUCAGGUGAGGCCUCGGCCUUGUGCCGUCGUUCUUCCUGCCGCACUGGGCGGCCCAGGCCGCUCCCUGUCGGCCCUCAGCGUCGCCACCAUGUCCUCCUUCUCCGAGUCAGCUCUAGAGAAGAAGCUCUCGGAGCUGAGCAACUCUCAGCAGAGCGUGCAGACCCUGUCCUUGUGGCUCAUUCACCACCGCAAGCACGCGGGGCCCAUCGUCUCCGUGUGGCACCGUGAGCUCCGCAAAGCCAAAUCAAAUAGAAAGCUUACUUUUCUGUACUUAGCAAAUGAUGUCAUCCAAAAUAGUAAAAGGAAAGGACCUGAAUUCACUAGAGAAUUUGAAUCUGUCCUUGUGGAUGCUUUUUCUCAUGUUGCCAGGGAGGCAGAUGAAGGCUGUAAAAAACCUUUAGAAAGAUUGCUGAACAUCUGGCAAGAAAGAAGUGUGUAUGGCGGCGAGUUCAUACAGCAGCUGAAGCUGUCUAUGGAGGACUCCAAGAGCCCUCCCCCCAAAGUAACAGAAGAGAAGAAGUCUCUGAAGCGAACUUUUCAGCAGAUACAAGAGGAGGAGGAUGACGACUACCCUGGAAGUUACUCCCCACAAGAUCCUUCUGCAGGACCCCUAUUGACUGAGGAACUAAUCAAAGCUUUGCAGGAUCUGGAAAAUGCUGCAUCAGGGGAUGCUACUGUCCGACAGAAAAUUGCUUCUCUGCCCCAGGAAGUGCAAGAUGUUUCUCUUUUGGAAAAAAUAACAGACAAAGAGGCAGCUGAACGUCUUUCAAAAACAGUGGAUGAAGCAUGUCUGUUACUAGCAGAAUAUAAUGGGCGUCUGGCGGCAGAACUGGAAGACCGGCGCCAGCUGGCUCGGAUGUUGGUGGAGUAUACCCAGAACCAGAAAGAUGUUUUGUCAGAAAAGGAGAAAAAACUAGAAGAAUAUAAACAGAAGCUUGCUCGGGUAACCCAGGUCCGCAAGGAACUGAAGUCCCACAUUCAGAGCUUGCCAGAUCUCUCACUGCUGCCCAACGUGACAGGGGGCUUAGCCCCCCUGCCCUCUGCUGGUGACCUGUUUUCAACUGAUUAGGACAGAUACCAUGUGGCUCCAGAUUCCCAUCUGUACCAGCAGAAAGAAGAGGGCUCAAGUCAUGGUUGGAAAUAACCGUCUAGCCCCUGGUUCUGUCCCUGCUUCCACCCGGCCCCCCAGCCUCAAGAAAGAACCACAGAGCCCUAACACUCUUUCUGGCCUCUCACGUUGAGCACAAUUCAGAACAGUGGCGAGUGGGACCGCUCCCGAUUCACAUGUGGAAAGAAUACAAACUCUCUCUCCCACUUCAUGUUUUCAUGCCCCUGUUGGUUUUCCAUUUUUAGCUCUGUUUUUACACCCAAGAAGUUAUAAAAAUCAUGUGUACCUCUGGAGCUUUCAGAAGAAUAUUUGUCCCUCAUGACAGCAUUUCCUCAUGAAAGCAGCUUCACCUCUCUGAGCUGGGCUUGUUCACGUUAGGUAGAGGCUCCACUGAGGGGCUCUCUCUGGUGCCGUUGGCUCUCCCGGCUACCAUCUGCCCCCAAAGGUCAGAGGCACAACUCCUGAGCAGCUUUGCCAUCAAGGGUUUGCCAAACGUCUGAUCCUCCUUUACCAUUACUUCUACUAGUGACGCAUAGUCGAAGGUUAGGUACAUUUAUUUUGUAAGCAGACUAGGGAAUUUAUCAGUAAGAUCCAAAGCUGAUCUGGGGACAUGAAGUCAGGGAUGGAGUAACAGGGAUCACAAGCAUGAGUUAAAAAUAAGUUAUUUGCUUCAAGUUCCUUCAUAAACCUUCCCAGGCUGCACUUACCAAGGGUCCUACCCACUGAGUCAUAGAGGACGUUCCUAAAAACACGCUCCUUUGACCCCUAUUGGUUGCGAAGGCACUUCAGUGGUGAGUCUACACACCAGCAUGCUGAGGGGCCGGACUCUGCAUGGGUGUUGCUUUGACCCUUUUUUUGGAGGGGGCAUGGGGAGCACACACUAACAUUUACUCCACUGUGUAGACAUUUGUCCACAGUUUGGUGACUAAACUUGAAGCUUUUCCCCUGCAAAUAUGAUGCUCUGUGCAUGUUAGUCUGCCAGCCAGUUCCUGCCACUGCAUGUGUCCUUGCCUUGUACCUAUUUGAGGAGGAGGACUUUGUAUCACAUGUUAUUGGGGGAGGCUGGGGGAGGGAAUAUUAAUUUUGGGUUUUAAUUCCAGUAUCAUGCCAGCUGACAUUAUCACGAUAUAAUGUAAUUAGGAUUUUUAUCUUGCUUUUAGUAAAGGUUAGGCCUGCUAACUGUAAAUCAUUCUAAUUUGGCAGACUUAUUUUUGAAAUUGGAAAGGCCAGAAAACAGUUCACCCCAAUAGUGUGAUAGGAAUUAUAGCUGAAAUACACAAGCUAUAAAAAGGAAUUCAGUGGAGAGGCGCUUCAGAAUCUGCAUAAUUUUGAGAUGCUGUUGUCAAGAUUACCCCAAAGCCAUUGGCACGUAAUUUUACAUAUUAAACAAGUAGACAUAACUUGUGCCUGCCAUAAAGUUGAGAACAAUGAAAAGUCAUAGCAGGUAGUCAGUUUAACUUUGUGUAGGGCUGAAUAGCGGUGAAGUGCUUACUGACAUUGCCUGUUCUAUCACUGUUAAAUAAUGAAUCUAAAGUUUUUCUCCCAGAGGCCACAGGUCAAUAGGUGGUUUUACUAAAAUUGCAAGAUAAAUUCUAAUCUUUGCUACUUCUGCACAUGUUCCCCCACCCCUACAUGGUGUGCUGAUUUAUUCCUACAUAGAAGCUUGUUUCUAAACAGACCCAUCUUGGACAUUCUCUGUGCUUUCCCCAAGGAAGCAAAAUUUUACCAGCCGCAAACCAACCGAAAGGGUAUAAUAAAUGUUUGCUCUAAUCAGCUAGAUGAAAAUGUUAUAAUGGAUGUAGUCCACUGCUAUGUUUUAUCUGAGUCUUUGACCAGCAACUGGUGCAUAGUUAUUACAGCAAGAGAAAGAAAUGAAAUUGUAGCAAUUAUGUAAGUGAAUGUGUUGGUCUCUUAACACCUGUUACUACUAGUGGACUUCCUGUGAGGAAGUUAGCUUUUUUUUUUUUUUUUUUUAAUGAAAUGCUUUUUGUUUUUAAAAUCUUAAUUCUUCUCUCCACAUCCUCCCAAAGUGUGCUUACUUCAGUUGUUUAAUUUAAAUGAAUCUUUCUCCUUCCAUGUCUGAGGUGAUUUGAGGAGGGCAGGGUGGGUUUUGUUCUUGCUUUUUUUUUUCUUCUUAGGGCAUCCAUAGGCCUCAAGGGACCUUUCCUUUAGGUCAUAUUCCUCAGAAAGUCUUCAAUCCUCCUUUGUUUUUGUUUUGUUUUGUUUUUUUCUUAAAGAAUAUUUUUAAAGCUUAAAUUUGUAUAUUGAUUUAGGACUUUAUUUAGAAGUAUAGGCUGCUAUUGGUGGCAGCAGUAUAUUCUGAAAUGUCUCAUAGAUAUAUAUUUUUGAAUAAAGAUGGUGUUGUUGAACAACAUUGUGUGAUGUUUCUUUUCCCUACCUCAGUACAGAAAACUCAAGGCUUUCUUUGUAAGCAGCGAGUGAUUAGUAAUCACCAAUAGAGAUUGUGCUGUCUGCACAGAAAAUCUUGUCCUUUAGGAGUUUUUGUGACUGUUAGUGGCCCAUAAAUACUUAGCAUGUACAUAGUAUUUUCUGGUUCUUUCCACGGGUUUAAUUAGCUUUAAUUAGCCAAUCCACACAGUACCCAGGAGAGGUACCUCCAUAGUUUUAUCCUCAUUGUACAGAAACGGGAAACUGACAGAGGUUAAAUGACUUCCUCCAGAACCACACAACUAGGCUCUGACAGAUUAAAACUUGGAAGUUCCUUGAUUUCAGCGCUUUUGUUCACACCACUAGGCCUCCUGAGAACUGUCUGGUUUUGGAAAUACAGGGAAAGCUACUCUGAACAGUAAAAAGAAGAAAAAUGCAAGAUAAUUGGAAACCCAAGUAGUAUGUCUCCUAGAAGCAUUUUUGUGGAUUUCCUUGUUCCUUUCUCUUCAUUUUAAAAUUCAACAAAAGCACAUUGACUGAGUAUUGUUGGUGAUAACUCUUAAAAUAAUAGAAAAACAGGUUUGAAAUAGGUCAUUUUGAGGCAAAUUAACCUUUCCACUGGGUGAGGGUGUCGUUUGCCAGAAGAGGAGGGAUUACCCGUUUUAUCCGGUGAUGUAAAAAACUGCGGUAGAUGUGGCCAUCAAAACUAAGCAGCUCAAGUCCAGAACUAGAAAGGUUAAGACUGCAUUAUGCAAGUUCUGUCUUAAAAUAUGAAGGUUGAAUGUAAUAUGUGAAUCUCAGGAGACAAGAUCUCCUGCAUGUCCCUAGGUUUUAUGGCCUAGUUAAUUUCUUCAUUUCUACCUAUAAAUAGUAAGUCCAUAAUUCCUUUGGUUUAAUUAGCACUUCAGGGUAUACAGUGUGAUUCUAUUGAGGUCCUCAGAAAUGAAGAUGGAGUUAACCAAGAGUUCAUGAAUCUGUCAAAAUGCCUAAUUUUUGUGAUUAGAGCCAUUAACUCUGUGUGAACUUCCUGGGCAAGGUACUUCUCUGCGUGGGCCUCAGUUUUCUAUGAAAUGUGAUACUAAAUUAUUUCUAGGCUCCCUGCCAGUCCUAAAAGCUUAUGAUUGUUGUGUAAGAGGAAUGCAAGAGUGGCAUAUCCUAAGUUCCCAAUAAUAUUUGUUGGGUAGGUAAAUCACAUCAUCAUCAUGCUGCAUGUUGUUGGCUGCCAUUGAGUAAGCUCAGACGCAUGGUGACCUUAUGUAACAGAAGAAAACGAUGCCUGCUCCUGCACCAUCUUCAUGAUCUUUGAUAUGUGUGAGCCUAUUGUUGAAGUUAAUGUGUCAGUCCAUCUCAUUGAAGGUUCCCCUUGUUUUCACUGACCCUCUAUCAAACAUGAUGUCUUUUCUAGCAAUUGGUCCUUCCUGAUGAUGUGUCCAAAGUAAGAGUCUUACCAUCCUUGCUUCUAAGGAGCAUUUGGUUGUAUUUUAAGACUGAUUUGUUUGUUUUUCUGGCAGUCCAUGAUCAAUAUUCUCGGCCAACGCCACAAUUCAAAUGCAUCUAUUCUUAUAUCUUAUUGUGCUGCAUACACUUACAAAGCAUAUAUGACACCCUGGAGAUCACCGUAGUCUAUAAGGGUCAGAACACAAGAGACGGUGAGUGUCCAGACUAGGAAGAUGGAGGUAAACUC